AUGCGAGGACUGCUGCUGCUUUUGCUGCUUGGUAUCGUUAGCUGUAGUAAUGAGUCGCAGAGGCACAAUCGAGACUCUGACAUCACUAGCUUCCUCAACGAUCGAUCCACUUGGCACCCAAUGUGUCUCUACACUUUCGACGAUCCUGCUAUCGACGACGGUACCACCGUGGUGAACAGAGUCCCCAACGAUGCUUGUCCUUUCGAUGCUCUUAAGCCUGAAAGAGGUCUAGUGACGAGCUUGAACACAGACUCGACGUUCUGGCAGCUUGGAGUCCGUUUGACAGAAGACCCCAACAACGACACUAAACGCGUGCAGCUUUCGUCGAUCAGCACAGUUUCGGCGCGUGACUUUUUCACGAUGGCAGCUGUACGAAAUGACAGUGAGGCCAGCUCUGGUGUGACGUUCGAGAUGGUGAUCCGACGCCGCGCGAUAACGAACCACAGUAUGACGUUGUUCUCCAUUGCCAACGAAUUCGACAACUGCGUAGACCCUGGCUUUCGCCUCGACUUGAAUGAGCACCAAGUGCUAGUAUUUAUCUACUUUCUACCCGUGCUAGACGAGGGUGGUGAAGCGGGAGUGGAGGCCUGCUACGAGCAGCGGAUCUUUUCAGUGGAUAACUCCGCAGCAUGCCAACUUCCACCUCUUCUAGAACCGAUGGAACGAAUGCCACCCGUACAAAUCACCGUCACAUUGGAUCCGUCAAGCGAAAAAAGAGGUCGCUGGAAAACCGAUUUCUACAUGAGCUACACGGAUGUCGAGACAGAGCAACGCAUUGACUGUAAGGUGCAUGAUGAACAGUCCCCACCUAACGCCCACCUUCUCAACAAACUGAUAGAAGGCCGAUACCAAUUGUACUUGGGCAAUAGCCCUCGCAACGUUACUUCACCACGACAACGCAAGCGUUUGGCCUCUGCUCGAGAUCUUCUACACCUGAGCAAUACAAGCAGUCUGAAUGCUACUGAGCAUCUACGUGUAGUGCUAAAGCAGAAAUUGAUGAGCAUUAGUGGUCCGCGUUUGCCAAAAGCCAUGCGGAUCUUAGGUGACAACUCGCUCUCGCUACACCUUUUGGGAGUCACAUUCCCGCCGCUGAGUGAGGACACGCCACUAGCUUAUCUCCGCAGCAAGUUUGCAGAUUUUAAGGAGCAGUACGGUGACCAAAUUGUUGACUACCUAGUUAACUUGGUGCAGCAAAAAGCGAGAGAUCCGAUUGUUGUGCAGCAGCCGCAGGACUCAAGUGAUCAAAGCAGAAGCAGCAGUAAUGGAUUCUCCAGAGCCACGCUGUUUCAAGGUGCAAGAAGCGCGAGUUUCGACCUUUUUCAUUUUGCCAUCUACCGUCGUGUAGUGUCUGAAGACCAAGUGAACGCUAUCUCAAGACAGCAGCUAAUGCCAUCUCGCCAGUUCCCGUCUCUACAGCAAACCGUGCGAAUACCUGAAGACUCGCUCGUGGUAUUGAAUUUGACGAUGCUGCAUGGAGUUUACGAUGACUUGCGCCUCGAAUUACGAGGUAUACCAGAGUUUGGACAGCUUCUGCUAUUCCCCAACAAAACCGUGGUAACUCUGAACAACAAGGACGCGUUUCGAGAGCUACCGCUGGAAUAUCAGCGUAGAAUAUUUUUUCGCCCAGAAGCAGACCAAAACAACGACAACCUGCCUCUGCCAAACCCCGUGACAUUUUCGCGGAGGUUAAGGCCAUAUGCGUCGAUCAAGUACGGUGUCGCCGAUAGUUUGGUAGGGCGGAGUGUAAACAAGAGCAUGGAAGCGAAGAUUGACAUAUUCGUGGAUGCCGUGAACGAUGCACCGCGUCCCCGAAAGUUUGUGUCUGAAGUUCGGGUCGAUGUUGGUGUUCCCGUUACUCUGGACCUGAGUGGUGACGAUAAUGAUGGAACUCCUUCAGUUCCAAUACCAAGCGCUGAAACCACCAAUUCGAGCAACGUCUUGUCGAGCUUCAAUUUCAGCAACGCAACAAACGCAAGUUCAAGUGUGCAGUUGCUGAAGAUCGAGCGCAUACCGCAGUUUGGCAAGCUGUUUGAUUGCAAUUCAAGUUGUGACACAUUGGCACUUGUACGAAACCAGAAUCUGCAAUCGUUGGAAUCCACUCGAGUCUAUCAAAACAGUGUAGACAUCGUGAACUCGACUUAUUCCACCAACUUGAUGUACGUUUAUCACGGAUGGGGCCAAAAUAGUCGUGAGAGUGCGUCUUCUGUAGUUGAUGAGCUCUGGUAUACAUUAUCGGACGGGGAUCCUGGUGUUUUCUCGUCGAUUGCUGUGAUCAAGUUUAUCCUCGCGAAUGACGUGAACGACUCAGUGAAUCACAACGUACUUGCAACCGUUCAACUGGAGGAAGACUCUCUUCAACUAUUGCAUCUCGCUACAUUGGAUCCUCUGGCAGCGUUCUUCAACGUCAAGACACGGCUCAAGGUGACAGCACUACCACAGCACGGGGUUCUUUUUCAGUACAACAACCAUGACAGUAGCAGUACCAAUGCAGAUAACAUAUCUCUGGAGUCUGUUGGAGUACGCAUCUCGACUUCCGACACUAUCGUUUCAGACUUUGGAGGCAGAGUAAUCUACGCACCUCAACUCGAUUAUUUCAAUCUGGAGUCGAAGCCUUUGUUCACGAGACCAAUUAGCUUUGACUACUUUGAGUACCAGGUCCUCAAUACUGCAACACCAACCAACGUCUCAUUUGUAGUGUAUGACAAAUCGGCCGCUGCAUACUUUGCCAACGGGUUGAAGACACGGAGAAUCGAGUUGGGAGUUGUAAACGUGCCGGAUGCUCUACUUGUUCUACCUCCAAACGUAUUCACGUCAAAUGCGUCGGGUGGCGAUCUCAUCCCAACAUCGGUAACGUUUGAGGACCCUGACAGCACAACACCUGACAGUCUGUACCAAGUGAACCUCGAGGCAGGAGACGGUGUAUCUGAGUUUGAGCUGGGAUUCACCAUUACUGACGACGAUGUAAUGGUCGGGUGUCCAUUUGAGCGUCCGUGCACGCUCAAUCGAAGUGUAAACGGAUCUCUCUUAGACGUACGUUCAAGUCGAAACUAUGAGGUGCAUUUUCACAUCGCUACGCAGCUCUAUGAUCCUUCACAUGUCCAGGUGACAGGAACAAAGACUGCACUCAGUACAGCCCUCUCAGCACUUACAUUUCGCGACAGGUCCGGCAUCUCCAUCUCCCACACAGCAAAAUUUACACUUUGGGUGAAGCGUGUCGAUUCUGUCCAUGAAAGUGAUGCUGCUACACGUCAAACCGAAACCACAUUCACGAUUCAUUUCCUGGUCGAUGAUCAAAGUGACUCCAUCGCUGGAAACAAGUUAUUUACGGUGCUGAAUUCAGAGCUAAAGCGAUAUGUCACGACGUUGCUCGUUCUGAUGGCGGGCUGGCUCGUGUUGUCCAAUGGCUCCUGCGUGUCUACCGGAUUUUGCUGUUGUUGUUGCAGCAAAAUACGUAAAAAGCGACGACAGAAGUUUGUGGAACAGCAGCGACUCUUCCAAGCUCAAGUCUCGCAAAACAACCAUGAAUACUCGAUGCUGCUUAUCGAUCUGGCGAACUUACUUUUGGAGCCGAAUAUGGCAGUGAGCGCGUGCGUGUUGAAGUGUUGUGUUACUUCCAAAGGCAGCCCAAAACCGGCAGAGCUACUGACGCAGGCUUUCAUCUUGCGAAGUUUGUUGCCCUUAUUGGAAACCGAACGCCAGGGAACUCGAUUUGUUUUCCAUCUCAUUGCGACCGAAUACUCGAAAGGAACGCGAGAGGCAUCCCUUCUCCUGCAUCGAAGAUUUUUGCAGCAGCACAGCACCGCUAGUAAAGCUCUCGCCUGUUUCUGCCGCAUCGUGGGAGCCAAGUGGCUUUCAGCUCUGCUUGUCCCAGGCGACGAUACAACUUCAUUGUACUUGAGUGACACCGUCUCGGAAUUUGAAAAGCUACUCGACCGACUUUUCCUGCAAAUUGAAGCACUUCCUGCCGAAAUUGUUAUCCUGUGUCGCGGAUGUGUCAAGUUGUUUCAGCGAGACGAAGCUGGUCAAAGUCGUGAGAUGGAAUUGAGUGCGGUGCAUCUUGUUUUUUUCAACCAUUUCCUUGGACCAGCACUGCUUUUUCCACGGGAUAACGUGUCUGGGUUUAGUCCUUCACUCGGACAGCAAAAGACUUUGCAAUCCUUGGCGUACCGGAUUGCAAGUUGCGCGAAUCAGUGGUUUACCUUCAACAAUUUGAAUGACUUGCGCUCUCGAAGCAGCAGUAUUGACACUUUACUUGACGGGACCUUGUCAUCUGAGGCUGAAAACACAGCAACGUGUCAUUUGCAAUACGAAACUGUGCUAGAACGAAUAUCCCAGUCUUCGGCAGUCACAAGCACGUACGACCCUAGCGAGUUAAAAGCUACUAUUGACUGUGAACUCAUGGGCUUGUGUCUCAUGAACGUCCACAGUUUGUUGGACAGCUACGUUUUGGAAUUCAAACGAGAAAUUCUUUUGACUGCAACAUCCACAACUAUCGAGCAGAUCCAAAGCACAAUCACUCGUAUGAAUCGAUUGCUCCUAGCACUCAAUUGGCCGCUCUCUAGUAUCCACGACUUUGUCGAGUAUGCACGACCAGAACUUUUGAACGAUCCACUGCUCUGGAACGGCUUUAGCUUUCAAGAAUGGCAAGAACGAGCACAAAUGCAAGAUCAACAAUAUCAUUCCAUUUCCACUUGUUACAUUGAAAAUGAGGAAUUCCAUUCAAUUCUCACUGAUCAAGUGAUUCUCGAGCAAGAUUCGCACUCUCCACAUGAUGUGGACUGGCUCAGCAUAUACGAAACAAUACAUGUAUGUUGA